AUCUAAAAUUGAAUCAGCCAAUCACAACUCUUUAAGAUCCUCCUUAAUAAAGAGGAUUUAAGGACCUGAACUUAGGCCAGUCCGAUUUCACCCUCAUAAAUUGCGUUAUAUAUAGAGAAAGUUAAAAAAAAACUAAGUAGUCGAGCAUGAUAGUCGAUCAAUAAUUGAAUUAUCGAUAAAAUGAUAAAUUUUGCUUAGAAAUCUGGUUAUUGCACCGGGGGUUUGUUUUGGCACGUACACCCGGCGGGAAACUGAUAAUUUGGGGAAAAAUCCCUCCCUCCAAAAACGAUCCAAUUUGUCCAAGUUCCCCUUUUCUUCCUCACUUUUCUACACCCACCUUAAACCCUAAUCCUCUCUUGCUCCCUUUCUGCAUCCUAUACUCCCCCACAAUUCACCCCGAUUCCAGGGAUUCCCGAUCGCCGGAACGGACGUAGUCGCAAUUGGACUGCUCGAAGUUGAGCGAGAGAGCAGAAGCUCGCUCCGGCCAAUUUCGUAACUCUCUCUCUUCCAUCUCCCUCAUCGCAGCAUGCAUUUUCCGUCCAUGGCAUUAGUUGAAGAACCCAGCGACGAGAAGGUAUUUAAGCCGAUCCUCGAAGACGACGGGGACAUCAACUUGGAUAACCAGACCGACGCACCAGUGCGUUACGUGUCUCUGGACCAGGUCUACACUGCGGCGUCGCUGUGUGUCAGCUCCGGGGGCUCGAAUGUCAUGUCCAAGAAGGUGAAAGCGCGGAAAGUUAGCUCCGACGAGGAAGAUCGGGUUCCCAAUCGGCCUCCUAUUAUAAAUGUGUAUACUCGCAAGUAUAAAAAGGCUCGCGUUGUCGAGAAGAAACUGUCAUCUGUAGAAUCGUUGUUCGCGAGGACCGAUGAGGGGCCGGUCCUGGAAGUUAAAGUGAAGGAGGAAAUCAUAGAGUUCGGGGAUAUGGUCGAGGAUGAUUUGGGGAGGAAGGCGAAGAAGAGGAGGAUUGGGAGCGGUGAGUUGGUUAGAUUGGGGGUUGAUUCCAAUGCUUUGCAAGGGUUUGAUCGCCCGCGAUUGAGGGACUGCCGGAAUCAUCUAGUGAAUGGGACCAAUAAGGUGCGAAAGAAGAAGAAAAAGAGUGAUCUCGUGCAGAUUUCUGAUAAAGUUUCGUCAAUCCCACCAAGUACUAGAAGAUGGGUUAGGUUGAGCAUUGAUAGCGUUGAACCAAAAACUUUCAUCGGGCUUCAAUGCAAGGUGUAUUGGCCUUUGGAUGUUGACUGGUAUUCAGGUCGUAUUAUUGGAUACAAUUCUGGGACUAAUCAGCAUCAAAUACACUAUGAGGAUGGAGAUGAUGAGAAUGUAAUGCUUUCAAAAGAGAAGGUUAAAUUUUUUAUUUCCCGUGAAGAGAUGGAAGAACUGAACUUGAGUUAUAGUACAAAAAGCAACAAUGAUGGCAGCCAGGAAUAUGAGGAGAUGGUUGUGUUAGCUGCCAGUUUGGAUGACUGCCAAGAACUUGAACCUGGAGAUGUCAUAUGGGCAAAACUAACUGGUCAUGCUAUCUGGCCAGCUAUUGUUGUUGAAGAAUCAGUUAUUGGCAGCAGUAGAGGUUCAAAGACGAAUUUGGGAGGCAGAUUUGUCCCUGUGCAAUUCUUUGGUACUCAUGAUUUUGCUAGAAUUAAAUCAAACCAGGUUAUCUCAUUUCUGAAAGGACUUCUUUCCUCUUUCCACCUGAAGUGCAAGCAACCCCGUUUUGCUCGCAGCUUGGAAGAAGCAAAGAUGUAUUUGAGUGAACAAAAGCUUCCUACAAGAAUGUUACAGUUGCGAAAUAGCAUGAAUACGGAUAGUUGUGGACAUGCAAAUAGUGACAAUGAACGGAGUGCAGAUUCAGGUGACGAUUGUAUCGCAGAUGAAGGGAUACAAAGGAUAUUGAGGGGCCUCCAAACUUCUCCGUAUGUUAUUGGAGAUCUGCAAAUCGUAAACCUUGGAAAGAUUGUGAAGGAUUCAGAAUAUUUCCAGGAUGAAAAAUCCAUCUGGCCUGAGGGAUAUACUGCCUUGCGGAAGUUCAGUUCGGUAUCAGACCCAGGUGCGUGUACCGUUUAUAAGAUGGAAGUGCUGAGAGAUUCCGAGUCAAAGAUUAGGCCCCUGUUUAGAGUGACACUUGACUAUGGAGAGCAGAUUGAAGGAUCAACUCCAUCAGCUUGCUGGAAUAAAAUCUAUGAAAGAAUUAAGAAACUGGAAGAUACAUCUGGUGAUUUAAAUGGUGGAUGUCAAGUAGAAAGGACCCGCCAGUCUGGUUCUCACAUGUUUGGUUUCUCUUACCCUGAAGUCAGCAAACUCAUAAAGGGAAUAUCGAAAUCCAGAUUUAUAUCUGGAAUGUCAACAAGCAAGUCACUAUCUGACAGAUAUCAAGAUUUGCCAGCUGGCUACAGACCAGUUCGAGUUGACUGGAAGGACCUUGAUAAGUGCAAUGUCUGCCAUAUGGAUGAGGAAUAUGAAAACAAUCUCUUCCUGCAGUGCGAUAAAUGUAGAAUGAUGGUCCAUGCUAGGUGCUAUGGGGAACUAGAACCUGUUGAUGGUGUCCUGUGGUUAUGUAAUUUGUGCCGUCCUGGAGCUCCUGAGUUCCCACCCCCUUGUUGCCUUGUCCUGUUAUAGGUCUGAUACUGCCUGAUUUUUCAAUUAAUAUGUUCUACCUCGAUAACAUAAUUAUGCUGUAACUGUGGGAAGUUAAAUUUUCUUCCAGGUGGUGCUAUGAAGCCUACAACAGACGGGCGAUGGGCUCAUCUUGCUUGUGCCAUUUGGAUACCUGGUCUGUCUCUGCAUUCUUUAACCUUCAUUUUGGUGGUUUAGCAUUAUGUUAAUAUCAGACAUGAUGACAUAGCUUUGUAUGGACAGAAACUUGCUUAUCAGAUGUAAAGAGAAUGGAGCCCAUUGAUGGUCUAAAUAGAAUAAACAAGGUAUAUUUCAGCUGCUAAUUUGCUGGUUUUCUGUAUCACUCGUUCUAUUGUUCUAUUAUACCUGUCAGACAUUACCGGCUUUGUGAAGUGGUAGCUAUCUGCUGAUUUUUAACAACACAUUGUCUUAUCAUGGCACUAUAUGUUGCUCGUGCCCUAACCAGCCUUUUUAACAGGAUCGAUGGAAACUUCACUGCAGCAUCUGUGGUGUAGCUUAUGGUGCUUGUAUUCAGGUAAGCUUGUAAUCUAAAUGGCCUUUCCAGUUUCUAUUGCAGAGUUGGUUGUGUACCAAUAUCUGAGUGUACAGGUUCCUUUUUUAUUCUUUAGUUUUCUCAGUCCUCAGCUGUUAGUUGGCUCACUCUGAAUCAAUGUUUCAUUACAGUGUUCAAACCAUAAGUGCUGCGCAUCAUAUCAUCCACUUUGUGCUCGUGCUGCUGGCCUUUGUGUUGAGGUGAGUUUCUGUUUACACGGCUUUUAAACAUUGACAUUAUAAAUCCACAAUGAAGAUCUUUCUCAAGAGGAAUCAUUUGUAUGUUGUGGUUGAUUUUGCUGGUAAAUAACGAGGCUCUUUUGAAUUCUCUCUUUUAUUGCACAGCUAGAAGAUGAGGAAAGACUAUAUCUGCUUUCUAUGGAUGAUGAUGAAGAAGACCAAUGCAUUCGUUUAAUUUCCUUCUGCAAAAGGCAUAAGCAGCCAUCUAACGACCGGCAAAUUGCGGAUGAACGCAUUAGUCGAGUUUCUCGUCGUUGCUCUGACUACGUUCCACCAUGUAAUCAAUCUGGCUGCGCUCGUACAGGUGUGUGUUUGUCUACACUCUUGCUAUUUAUCCGGCUGCUGUGCACUCUUCCACAUUCUCGUGAAUUGUAUCUUUUUUUUUUUUUGGGUUCCUGUAAAAUUGUCAUUUAGUACCUAGAUUUAGUAGCAAACUUGUAAGAACCUAUCCAACAGCCCCUUGACCUGACAAAAUUGCCAAAUUACCUCCAAACUACUGAGAAUGUGAUUGCCACCAAACCCACGGGCCAUUAAACCAAUGCAUCCAUAUAAACCAACCUGUAAACCCACCAACCCUAACCCAUAUUCCAAGUCGAGUUCGCAUUAUUUGCUUGUUUCUUGUUGCAAGUUUUGGUAGGCUUCUGACAAGUGUUAUUUUGUUUUGUUUUCCCUCCCCUGAAAGAGCCUUACAAUCAUUCUGGACGAAGAGGACGCAAGGAACCUGAUGCCCUUGCUGCUGUAUCCUUGAAGCGUCUGUUUGUGGAGAACCAGCCUUACCUUGUUGGAGGUUAUUGCCCAAAUGAGUCAUCAGGGGUUCCACUUUCUUCAAGUGGUGGUGCUGGCACUCGAUUCUCUUCUACCCUACAAAGGCUAAGAGCCUCUCACCUUUCUGUUCCAAACAAUAUUCUUUCUAUGGCUGAGAAAUAUAAUAACAUGAGGCAGACCUUUCGAAAGAGACUGGCAUUUGGUACGUCCUUUGAACUUACAUGCUGACUUUUACUAGCGGUUGUCUUACGUAUAUCUAUACUAGCUGACUUUGUUUCCUCUGUUGAUGAGCUUUCACAUUGAGACAAAGGUGAUAUUUUACAUUUUUGUGUCUGAUGGUUGCCAAUACUUCUAUUCUAGGCAAAUCAGCAAUUCACGGAUUUGGCAUCUUUGCAAAGCAUCCACACAGGGCGGGAGACAUGGUAACCUUAUGGUUUUUCUAAUGUUGAAGGGAACAAAGGAAGGGAAAUUCUUAAUUCUUCUUGGAAAAGGCAGCGAGGGGAAAAGAAAGGAGGCUGGAGCGGACAUCUCUUUGGCGGCAGAAUUCUUGGGCGAAAAGCGAAGGGCGCAGCGCAGCUUUGGCGAUCAGGCGAUUCAUAAAUCGGCGAUCGAGUUCUCUAAUGUUUGAGCUGAGUUCAACGAGAGCGAUUAGUUGGUUGGAUUCUCUGAAUCGAACUAGUUGUGUAUUGUUGAUUUGGAACAUGAUGAACAAAACCCUAUUGAUUUAUCUUAAUUUCGUCAUGAAAUAAACCCCGAUAUCUGGGGAAAACACCAUAGAAUGUAGCUAUUUCUAGAUUUGAUGGAUUGAUUCAUAUCUCUUUUCUUCCAAUAUCUAUUGCAUGAAAUUUCUUAAUGCUUUGUGUUGACUGACCACCAAUACAACGAUUUGUAGUUAAUUAGGUUAUUAGCGACAGUGAAACCCUAAUAACUGAACAUAUUUCAUGUGACAUAGUAACUUAUCGAAGCGACAGUGAAUUAAAUAAGGUGCUAUGUGGUCUUAAAUAGGAUAUCGGUCAUCAGACUAAAUAAUUAACUCAUUGAGCUACGACAGUAGGAUUUGAAUUAAUUGCUUAGCACGUAGUAAUUCCCGACAGGGAUAGCUAGCACAUUCGUGAUAUCCUGGCUGUAGAGAGUUGGAUUAAAUUGAUUGGAAUAUGUGAAUUAAUCUGGAUAGGAUAGGUAGUGAAUUCCGGUGUUUCUCCCAGAGCUUUCUCCCAUUGAAUUUCCCUCGACCAUUUUACUUUGCUUAAUUAGUUUAUUUUGCUUUUAGAUAAUUAGUCUCAUUAAACCAUUUUCACCUAUAGUUUGCUCUAUAAAAUUGGUAAAUCUUAAGGUUGUACCAGUCCCUGAGAGACGAUAUCCGGACUUUCCGGUUUACUACAAGAUAGGAAUUGAAGCUAUACGCUUUUGCCCUAUCAUCCGUCAUUAAGGGAUACUAUUCUGCGCUUUACAGAUAUCUGUUGACAUGUGUUGGCACACUCGCAAGUCCUAACACAUAAGGAUUGCAACCUUAGUUAGGGCUGCCCGCCGAGGGCCCAGGGGCCGAAGGCCCAUGAAACAAUAAUAGAAUCGCGUCGGGGAUUGGUGGAUGAGUUCGAAUAUGAUGGUGUUAUACUCUGUUACCAUGGUUAGAGAGCUGCUAAACGACUUGUUGUUGAUGGAGUCAACCCACCGAAGAAGUAUUUCUGAUGUUGGAUGUACGAGUACGACAAUGAUAACGGGUGUGGUUUUCACAUGGAUUGGGACGAAGUAAUGUUCCCCGCUUUUUCAGAGUCGUAUGAUGAAGAUAACACCGAGGAGACCGUGAAGAAAUGAAUUAGUAUUUCCUGU